GAAUACAUGAAGACCGGAGGAGUCUGAGGCCACACAUCGGAGAGAGGGAGAGCAUCAACAUCUGAGCGAAGAGUGUGGAGGACAAGCGGGAGGAUGCAUUUAUUUAGUGUAAACCAUGCUAUGGAACUUCCUUAUAAGCCCAGGGAGAGGAGAGGGUAUCUGAAGGAAUGGUGCAAAGAUGCAGCAGGUGUUUUGGUCUCCUCUAGAGGCGCGUCGCUUCCCAGAAAGGUGGGGAUGACUAUUAGCUCCAGUGCGGUUGUGGGGAGGCCGGAGAUCGAAGGGAAGAUGGGCAGUCUCGAGCACCGACCUGUGAACAGCAGCAAGGAAGGAAGGUACGACAAGGAAUUGGAUGUUGCGGUCAGGGUGGUUCAGCUGGCUUGCUCUCUUUGCCAGAGGGUCCAGGACAGAUUGGUUCAGAACAAGGAACAGGUCAAGUCCAAGGAGGAUCAUUCCCUUGUCACCGUUGCAGAUUGGAGUGUUCAAGCAAUUGUUAGCUGGGUACUAUCGGACUGCUUUGGCAGUGGAAGCAUAUCAAUUGUUGCUGAAGAAGAUGUAGUGGCACUUACAAGGCCUGAUGCAGUACAUCUUUUGGAAGCUGUGGUUGCCACUGUCAAUGAGUGCUUUGAUGUUGCCCACCAUUUUGGGUUGAGAAACCCAGUGAAAGCACUGGGAGCAGCUGAGGUUAUUGAAGCUAUCAGCAGAUGUAACUCAAAAGGAGGUCCAAGUGGACGACACUGGGUCCUUGACCCUGUAGAUGGCACUUUAGGGUUUGUACGUGGAGAUCAGUAUGCUGUGGCUCUUGCACUGUUGGAAGAAGGAGAAGUGGUCCUUGGAGUCCUAGGUUGUCCAAACUAUCCAAUGAACAGAGAAUGGCUCAGUUAUCACCAUAGCUAUUAUAAAAUGAUGUCUAGAUUAUCAUCUCCAUCAUCUGAAUCCUGGCAUCAAGGUUGUGUAAUAUAUGCUCAGAAGGGCAUUGGUGAAGCUUGGAUGCAACCAUUAACCUGUGACUUGAGCAGAAGUGUGGGGUCCAAUUUGGCUAGGUUAAUUCGUGUCUCAUCAGUUGAAGACCCAGCACUGGCAACAUUUUGUGAACCUGUUGAGAAGACAAACUCAAGCCACUCCUUUACUGCAGGAUUGGCUCAAAGUGUAGGGCUAAGAAAGCAGCCUCUACGUGUAUAUAGCAUGGUAAAAUAUGCAGCAAUAGCUCGUGGUGACGCAGAAAUAUUCAUGAAGUUUGCAAGAAGUGGAUACAAAGAAAAAAUAUGGGACCAUGCUGCUGGAGUGCUAAUCAUACAGGAGGCUGGUGGGAUGGUCACUGAUGCUGGAGGCAACCUCUUGGAUUUCUCCAAGGGAAUAUAUCUGGAAGGCCUUGACCGUGGCAUUAUUGCUUGCUCUGGGGCCAUACUGCAUGAUAAGCUCAUCAAGGCUGCUGAUGCUAGCUGGAACUCAUCCAGUCUAUAGGCUUUUUUGUGUUUCCAGGUUACAGCUGAGAGUUCAAUUUGGAGGCGAACCUUCCUAGUUUUUCCUUAUCUACCAGGAACUGGUAUGGGACAACUUUCAUGACAAUGGUGAUGGCUAUCUCCAGAAAUAAUGUGCGGUCAUGCUAGUCUUUAAACUACUGAUGUUCCAAGCUCAACCUUUUACAGCUUGUAGCAAGCCAAACUUGUAUUAAAUGGAAAUUUUCUUUCGGGUUGUCAUUGAACUGAUUCAUGUUCGACUGUUGAGGAACAGUUUGUUAUUCAAACUUCAUCAUUCAUGGUGAUCAGUUCUCAAGCCAACCGAAAGAAUUUAUAUGUAAGUGCAAUAAUCUCUUAUGGAAUUCAGUUAUCCUCAGAACAAUCAAGCAAUUACAUUGUAGUCCAUAAUUA